UAACGGGCAGAGCGCACUCCACCGAGGCGGCUUCUCCUUGGCGCAAGCCGGAGCUGUCAGGCACCGGGAGCCCGGAGCAGCUGAGUGUGCAGGACGCGUCCCCAGCAUACGAUCCUACGGCCGCUGAAUGAGGCUUCCAGGCGCCCAUCCCCGGCCAGCAGCGCCCCGCCGGAGGUGCGCCCGCUGAGACGCCGCCAGGGAGCGGGAGGCCGUGCGCUCACCUGCCAACCUGCGAGCCAUGGGACAACCGGGGAACGACAGCAAUUUCUUGCUGACGCCCAACGGAAGCCGCACGCCUGAUCACGACAUCACUCAGGAUCGGGACGAGGCGUGGGUGGUGGGCAUGGCCAUCCUCAUGUCGCUUAUCGUCCUGGCUACCGUGUUUGGCAACGUGCUGGUCAUCACAGCCAUUGCCAAGUUUGAACGACUGCAGACCGUCACCAACUACUUCAUCACCUCCUUGGCUUGUGCUGAUCUACUCAUGGGCCUAGCGGUGGUGCCGUUUGGGGCCAGCCACAUCCUUAUGAAAAUGUGGAGUUUCGGCAACUUCUGGUGUGAGUUUUGGACUUCCAUUGACGUGCUGUGCGUCACGGCCAGCAUCGAGACCCUGUGCGUGAUUGCAGUGGAUCGUUACUUUGCCAUCACGUCACCUUUCAAGUAUCAGAGCUUGCUGACCAAGAAUAAGGCUCGAGUGGUCGUCUUGAUGGUGUGGAUUGUGUCAGGCCUUACUUCCUUCUUGCCCAUCCAGAUGCAUUGGUAUCGGGCCACCCACCAGAAAGCCAUCAACUGCUACACGGAGGAAACCUGCUGUGACUUCUUUACCAACCAGGCCUAUGCCAUUGCUUCCUCCAUUGUGUCUUUCUACUUGCCCCUGGUGGUCAUGGUCUUCGUCUACUCCAGGGUCUUCCAGGUGGCCAAAAGACAGCUCCAGAAGAUUGACAAAUCCGAGGGCCGAUUCCAUACCCAAAACCUCAGCCAGGUGGAGCAGGAUGGCCAGAGCGGGCAGGGACUCCGCAGGUCCUCCAAGUUCUACCUGAAGGAGCAUAAAGCCCUCAAAACCUUAGGCAUCAUCAUGGGCACAUUCACCCUCUGCUGGCUGCCCUUCUUUAUUGUCAACAUCGUGCAUGUGAUCCAGGACAACCUCAUCCCUAAGGAGGUUUACAUCCUCCUCAACUGGCUGGGCUAUGUCAAUUCUGCUUUCAAUCCCCUUAUCUACUGCAGGAGUCCAGAUUUCAGGAUUGCCUUCCAGGAGCUUCUGUGCCUACGCAGGUCUUCUUUGAAAGCCUAUGGGAAUGGCUACUCCAGUAAUAGCAAUGGCAAAAUGGACUACCCAGAGGAGCCAAGUGGAUGUCAACUGGGGCAGGAGAAAGAAAGUGAGCUGCUGUGUGAGGAAACCCCCGGCAAGGAAGGCUUUGUGAGCUGUCCAGGUACUGUGCCUAGCCAUAGCAUUGAUUCCCAAGGGAGGAACUGUACAAAUGACUCCCUGCUGUGACACAGGCUCUCUACUUUUUAAGACUCCCUCCCCUCCAACAGAACACUAACCAGACUAUUUAACUUGAGUGUAAUAAGUUUAGAAUAAAAUUGUAUAGAGAUUUGCAGGAGGGCAGCCUUCUGCCAUUUUUUAUUUUUUUAAGCUGUAAAAAAAAAGAAACUGUAUUUGAUUGCUUAUUUGUUCUUUGUACAGUUCAGUUCCUCUUUGCUUGGAACUUCUAAGUUUGUGUCUAAAGGGUAUUAGCCCUAGAGGACCUGGAUCUGUAUGUUUGGAUGACUUUUCCAUGUAUCUACCUCAUUGGUCAAGUGUUAGGGAUAACAUAUAUUGCUGCUGGUAAUUUGUAUCUGAAGGAGUUUUUCCUUCCUGCACUCUUGGACUUGAAAAUCCUGAGUAUCUCGGACCUUUCAGCUGUGAACAUGGACUCUCUUCCACUCCUAUCUGCUUGAAUGGAGUGUUGUAGGCAGGGAUUCAAGAGACAGCUUCAGUUGUUUUUCUGAGCAAAGUCUAAAGUUUACAGUAAAUAAAUUGUUUAACCAUGA